UGAACGUUUCAGGCAGCUAUUUCUAUUUGCAGCUGGCGUCGAGGUGUGGGUGAAGCAAAAUUUGUACCUGAGAAAUGGUGGAGUCCCGGACGAAGAUGAUGGUCACACGCCACACAGAUCGAGACUGGAGUUGAUCAGGAAACAUCAUUUGCCUUCUCCGAAAUGGAUAGCAGCCAGCACCAGCAGCACCUCAAUUGGUGUUUGGAAUCAAUUGGAUGGAUCAGCGAAUCCUGAUCCUCAAUUAAUUAAACUCGCGCAUCGCCGACUCAAUAUAGAACUGCCCAUUAUUCAGUCAACAGAAGCCAGCUGCUAUGAGUUGAUUCCACAGUCCACGCUCGCUUCUCCUUCUUGCAGCAGAAGAUGAGAUGAUCAACUUGAAGGAGAAGAAACACACUCAGACGAUUAAUCUCUUGGCCCGCACACCAUCAUCACCUCUAUAUAAACAUCAAACCCUUGCAAGGCAGUCCAUCGAUCGCAAACCCCACACCAGCACGUACAGCAAAUCAGCAAUGGACGGCGGCGGCGGCGGCAAGAAGCAUUUCGUCCUGGUGCACGGGCUCUGCCACGGCGCGUGGUGCUGGUACAAGGUGGCCACCGCGCUCCGGGCCGCGGGGCACCGCGUCACGGCGCUCGACCUCGCCGCGUCGGGCGCCCACCCGGCGCGCCUCGACGAGGUGCGCUCCUUCGAGGACUACUCGCGCCCGCUGCUGGACGCGGUCGCCGCCGCGGCGCCGGGCGGCGAGCGGCUCAUCCUCGUGGGCCACAGCCACGGCGGCCUCAGCCUCGCGCUCGCCAUGGAGAGGUUCCCGCGCAAGGUCGCCGCCGCCGUGUUCGCGGCCGCGGCGAUGCCCUGCGUCGGCAAGCACAUGGGCGUCACCACCGAGGAGUUCAUGAGAAGAACUGCUUCUAAAGGCCUGCUCAUGGACUGCCAAACGGUGGCCAUCAACAGCAGAAACAGCAACAAUGGAGUAGCAAUCGUGAUGGGUCCAAGAUUCAUGGAAGAAAAGUAUUACCAGGAGAGCCCAGCCGAGGACCUGACCCUGGCGAAGCUGCUGGUGAGGCCUGGCAACCAGUUCCUGGAGGACCCGGUGAUGAAGGACGAGGAACUGCUCACGGCCGGCAACUACGGGUCGGUGAGGAAGGUGUACGUGGUGGCCAAGGCCGACGGCUCCAGCACCGAGGAGAUGCAGCGCUGGAUGGUGGCCAUGAGCCCCGGCACGGAGGUGGAGGAGAUCGCCGGCGCCGACCACGCCGUCAUGAGCUCCAGGCCCAGGGAACUUUGCGACGUCCUGCUCAGGAUAGCCAACAAAUACGACUAGAACUAUAAGCCAGCUUAGAUGCUGAGCACUGUCGUUAUGGAAUAAGAUGCUUGCGUUUCCUCCGAA